AUGCCUCAAUUCCGAACGACGAAGAUAGCCGGCUCUUAUCGCUCCACCACGAUUCCGCUUUUCUGGUUUGUCCAAGCCGACGAUGAGCAAAGAAAGAACACCGGAAAGGCGCUUAACGAAAUUGUGGACUAUAUCGUCAAACAAAAGCCACACUUCAAACGGAAGCAUAUCGUCAGUGUACCAUGGCUGCGUAACUACGCUCCUUCUCUAGCUGAUAUAUUCGUCACGGCGCGCGGAUUCGAGAUGGGUGAGGGGCACGUCCUGGGUAUUGAUGCGCAGAGUCUCGAAGACAAAACCUUGUUGGUCUUGCAUUGUGUCAACGAGAAAGAGCCAGAAAUUGGGCGUGUCGCUCGGGAGGACGCAAUUGCCAUGCAUCUACGAGAGCAGCACCUUUUCAGAUACACACUUGCUGAAGCUUUUGGUGAACGUCCAUGGGCCAGGAUUCCCGUCCCAAUGAGAAAUUCGGAGCCAGAAGUUGAGGACGACGACAUCCGAUAUACUCUUCCAUCGCAUAUACCGAGCGAUACGAAGCUUGAAGAGGAGAAUAUCACCCUGUUCUCGCUAAUCCAGUUGACGGACAAGGAGAUCCUAGCGCUUAGGCAGGACAUGAGCGACACAACAAACGAGAUCACAAUCUACAACUGGCCACACGACACUCCUGCCUCGCAAGCCGAGACGUACAACAUAUUUCAAUGUGUAAAGCCUGACCGCGUCGCCCCUUGUGGGCAGACCUUCGUCAUGUUCAUCGACGCCACGCACAUAUCGGGACCAGAGCGUGCACCAGUCGUCGUGGUGGCCUGCGAGUCCAGGCCUGAUGGUAUCGAAGUGGAAGGGCGGUACUCCAAACAAGAUCGUAUGCGCUACGAGCAUAUCUAUCUCCGAGCCGAGGAAGCAAAGGAAGUCAAACACCUUUGGCCUCUGAUUUGGCAUCCUCCAAAUCGCGGAUCCGUCAAUGAUGUUGUAGUCAACUAUCCUCUCUUCUAUGGGUCUAGCCAUCGCUUCGUCAGUAAUGUUCCUACGCCUGCACCUGACUGGAAAAGUCCGGUUACGCGUUAUCAAGACGCCUUCAUCGCAAAGCCAGGUGCCCCAAUCUGGGCAACUGGGGCGAAAUCUCCCAACUUCGUAGUUUACGUUGUCUGUCCGGUCACCUCGGAGGAGCUUCGAUAUUUGCGUAGCAUUGUUCGGGAGGAGAUUGGGGAUGCGGUGCAGUUCCUCGAGCUUAACCUUGUUACCCGAGAACUCCGACCUGAGAGGGAAAUAGAUACGAGCAGUCAGGAGUCUUUCGAUCACCCCUGCACCCCUUUAGAUCCCCUCCUCGUCUUCUUCGACUCCCCAAAGUAUCGUGCCAUCGCCGAUCCUCCUUCUACGUUCGUUUUCCUCGACAACAAUGCACUUGAUAACCUCCUCAAUGGUGCUAAAAAUGGCUCCGUGCCACUUGCACAUAGUCAUCAUCACUUUCACCGUGCGGAAGGUGAUACCGGAGGUUUGGUCGCGGUCGAGGAGCCAGCGUAUCUCUAUGCGGAUAUAUCUAUCGACGAGGGCCUGGAGUCCACGCUGGCGAAUCUUGAAGUUGGGAACAUGUGGUUCUGGGAAUUAGCUGGGAUGUAUAGCGACAAUAUGGGUGUAGCAUUUUGGCCUGAGUACAAAGGUAGUAUGACGAGAGACAUGCUGAACAUUGAAGAGUUUUAG